UACCUGGGACUGAAGGGAUUAGCAAGGCUUGUGAUGUGGAUAAGGCCGUGACCUGGAUAAUUCAGGCCUCCCCCUGCGUCCCCCCACCGACAUGCGCUGGAAUGCUCUGGGUAGCUGCCCAGGCCCCGUUGGCAGGGAAGCCAGCACACCAGGCUGUUUUUGCUGGACUUCCUGCAUCUCUGAGGGCAGCUGGGGCUGAGCAGGGUGACACCCUCCCCAGGUCGGUCUUUAGCACCUGCUCCCUUCACAGCUUUGGGAGUCUAGAAGCCAGGAGUCUGCCCUCCCAAGAUCCCCGACCUGUGGAUCCCAAUGUCCUGGCUGGAGGCUGCCAGCCUGAGGGGCCUGGGGGUCCAGGUUCUGCCAGAUGAGGCUGCGCAUGGGGACAGGCCCCAGAAGCAGGACCUGAGACCAGGCCAAAGAGAACCUCAGAGAUGAAGGGGCUCCUCACACUGGCUUGGUUCCUGGCUUAUGGUGUGCCUGCCGUGCCAGGGGGCUUGCUGGACCUGAAAUCCAUGAUCGAGAAGGUGACUGGCAAGAAUGCCCUGAAGAACUACGGCUUCUACGGCUGUUACUGUGGCUGGGGCGGCCGAGGAACUCCCAAGGAUGGCACUGACUGGUGCUGUUGGAUGCAUGACCGCUGCUAUGGGCGGCUGGAGGACGAGGGCUGUGGCAUCCGGACACAGUCAUACCAGUACCGAUUCACGCGGGGCCUGGUCAUCUGUGAACACGGGCCCUUCUGUCAAGUGGGUCUCUGCGCCUGUGACCGGAAGCUUGUCUACUGCCUGAAGAGAAACCUCUGGAGCUACAACCCUCAUUACCAGUACUUCCCCAACAUCUUCUGCUCCUAGCUGCCCUCGGUGGGCUCCUCCCCAGUGGGGACAUUUCUGUCCUCUCCUGCAGCGGAGUGCCCUCUCUGCUGGGUCCUGACAGCUGCUCCCAGGUCUCAUUCUUUCUCCAUGCUCCACUGGGCCUGGAAGAGCCCCGGGUUUCCUGUCCCCCAGAGAGUCCCAAGAGAAUGUUCUAGAACUCUCGGCAAGGCCCCAAGGUCCCUGGGCCUCCAUUUGUAAGGCCAGGCCCUCUGAGGCUGGGACCUCUGUCCCAGCUCCAGGACAAGGUGCACUUACUUUUCUGUUUCUCUAAUCAGAUUUUCAGAACCAUCCUUCAGGGAAUUUUUGCUCAAGCCAAAGAAAACUUGGUUCCAUAAACCUGCUCUCUGGGUGUUAAAUAAAAUUUAUUCUUGAGGAUGAUAAAAACCAUGCAGGGAAUUCCCUCUGCCUCUUUCUCUAUCUUUGGACACUGAGCCCAAAGUUACCUGCAUUCUCUCAGACACAGAGGGAAGGGGUGGGACUGGAUGAACUGUGGGACUUCUUUCGGACUCUUUUUUUAAACCUUGGGGGUUCCCCCAGCCAAGCACUGGAUCUCACUCUUCCCCAAGGGAGUGGAGGGAAGAUAAUGGGCGGUUACACCAGCUUAGGCUUCCAGGCUAGAGAAAGCAGCAUUCAAAUCCCAGCUCUAGUUUCUCCAGCUGUGUGGUUUUCAGCCCAUUACUGAACCUCUCUGAUUUUCAAUCUCUGAAAAAGAAACAUUCCUUUAGUUGUAAAAUGAGGCUUCUAAUGCCCUUCUUGAUUCAAAUAUAGGGGAUACUGGGGUUCUGUGGCUCAGAGAACAGUUCCUUUUGUUGUUGUUGUUGUGUUUAACUAGGGUUCAGCUAUGUGGUUUAUUUUUGCCAAGUAACGACACUUACAAACCCAACUCUUCUACCAAUUUAUAGAAGAAAGGGCAUUAACACCAAUCCUUAUAGGAAGAAAGGAUGUAUUCCAAAUUAAAGGAGAGUCCUUUCCAAGACAGGAACUUUUGGCUUCUUUACACUGACAUACCCCAAAAUAGCCACAUGAUAAAUGGGAUCUAUAUUUAAAAACCUUCAGUGUCAAACAUUUUCUAAAUAAAAUUUAAUUUUAUGGGUCACUCUCAA